AUGCCUUCCAAUCUCAGCGGCACCUGGAACCUGCUCAGCAGCGACAACGUCGAGGGCUACAUGCGGGCCCUAGAUAUUGACUUUGCCACUCGUAAGAUAGCCAAGAUGCUGAAGCCACAGAAAGUGAUUGAGCAGAAUGGGGAUUCUUUUACCAUCCACACGAACAACACCUUCAGGAACUAUGUUGUGAAAUUUAAAGUCGGAGAAGAAUUUGAUGAGGAUAACCAAGGCAUGGAUAACAGAAAAUGCAAGAGCUUGGUCACCUGGGACAAUGACAGACUCACCUGUGUGCAGAAGGGGGAAAAGAAGAACAGAGGCUGGACCCAUUGGAUUGAAGGGGACCAACUCCACCUGGAACUGUUCUGUGAAGGACAAGUGUGUAAGCAGACAUUCCAGACAGCUUGA